AUGAAGGUCAAGAUUAUCAAAUGGAACUCGGUAGCUACGUGGCGAUGGAAAAUUGCAUACGACGAUGUUUGCGGAAUCUGUCAAGUGCAUUUUGAUGGCACAUGUCCAACAUGCAAAUACCCAGGAGAUGACUGCAGUCUGCUCUCUGGCAAAUGCGGGCAUAACUUCCAUAUGCAUUGCAUUGUGGAGUGGAUUAAGCAAGAGUCUUCGAAGGGGCAAUGUCCAAUGUGCAGGCAGAAAUUCGAGUGGAAGGACAACCCCGCUUUAGCAGCUCCAACUCCGGCAUAA